AUGUUCGACGAAAGUGUAACGAGGAAGUCCACAGUACAAUCUGUGACUACUCUGAGAUUUUAUCACGCGCCACGAGUCCCAAGGCUAUCGGGCCAUCGUCGUAACUGUCACGUUCUUACGCCCCGAAUCAGCCGCCUUACGACGGAGGCGUGGCCCCGAUGUCUGCAAGAGUCCUAUAAAAGGGAGGGUUGCACUGUGAUAGACAGUCUGAAGAUGUUCGAGGAGAAGCUCAUCGUUGGCGUGGCCUCGGCCUGCUCCACUCUUGCUAUCGUCGCCUGUUUGAUCGUCGUGCCAUCGCUUUACAGCACCAUCAACGAGGUGCACGAUGAGGUGCUCGAUGGCGUCUCAGUGUUCCGUGUUGAGACCGACUCUGCUUGGACCGAGAUGAUGGACUUCCAAGUCACCGUCACCCCACCAUCAAAGCCCCGCACAAACCCCUUCAGCUCCAUCUUCCGUCAAAAGAGACAGGACUUCUCCGGCCUGCCAGCCUGGUGCCAGUGCGAGCCCGUCAAGCCAACUUGCCCACCUGGACCUCCCGGACCACCUGGACAGCCUGGACAGCCUGGAACACCCGGACCCCCCGGAGCACCUGGUGAGGAUGUCACCUCCACCUACGCACCGAUCAACUGCCCACAACAAGACAUCGGUUGCGUCAAGUGCCCAGCUGGACCAGCUGGACCCCCCGGACCCGAUGGACCAGCCGGAAACGCCGGACCCGACGGACAGCCCGGACAGCCUGGAGCACCUGGCCAAGAUGGACAACCCGGUCCAGCUGGCCCACCCGGAGACUCUGGAGCUCCAGGAGCCCCAGGAAACGAUGGACAGCCCGGAGCCCCCGGACAAGACGGCACUCAAGGACGUGGACAGCCCGGAGCACCUGGACCAUCUGGAGCACCAGGAGCCCCCGGAAACGCUGGACCCAACGGUCAGCCAGGACAGCCCGGCGCUCCCGGACCUCAAGGACCAGCUGGACAGGCUGGAGCCCCAGGAAACCCAGGAAGCGAUGGACAGCCUGGUGGCCCCGGAGGACCUGGACUCCCCGGAAACGAUGCCGCCUACUGCCCAUGCCCACCUCGCUCGGCAGUGUUCGUGUCUCGCUUCACACUCAACUAG